UGCUUUGCAUGCUCAUUGAGAUUGGCUGGUUGGAGGUGCGCGUCCUUGUCUCGGCCUGGAGGGGGCGCUGACUGCCGGGUUAAGGAUGGUGCAGCGGCCGUGGAGGAGGCGGCUGCCUGGGCUGUGAGCGCGGGGGCACCGGCCGGCAUGGGGCGGUGGCGAAGCCUGCUCCGGGCGCUCGGCUGUUUCCUCCUCUCGCUGCUGCCGUUCCUCGGAGCCGGCGCUGCCGCGGAUCGCCCGCUGCAAGUGCUGCACGGCUGCCUAUUUGACAGGAGACUCUGCUCCCAACAGGAAGUCUGUGUGCAAGAUGGAUUGUUUGGUCAGUGCCAGGAAGGUUCCCUUCGAGAUAAGCCGUACUUCCAGGUUACAGCCUCUGUGCUCCAGCGUUUGCAGGAUGUGCUACGGCAUCUCAUGGCACAAGGUUUAUCGUGGCAGGAUGACCUUACCCAACACGUGAUCUCCCGGGAGAUGGAACGCAUCCCCAGACUUCAACUUCCACCUCCUUGGGAGUCUGUAGCUGAGGACAGGUUCCUGCCUAGUCACCUGUCUCCCAGGAGAUCCUCUUUGCCACCAGAGCCUGCCUCCCUCCAGACAGCUCAUCAGCCUCCUCUCCCUCCAGUCCUCCUGCAGCGGUACCUGGAGCUGCUGUUGGCUUCUCAGCCUGAGCUAGGCUACAAGGAGCCCUUCUUAGCUUCAUAUCCACAUCACCAGUUCAGCUACCCAGACGGUACCUUCCGGGACAACCCCAAUGCUCACAACGCUGAGCACCCUGUUCUGCUGGACCGAGCUGCUGCUUCCAAGGCCCUGUUUGGUGCCAGCACUGCUCCCUCCUAUAGGGGGCAGCAGGGACUGGAUGGAGGUCAACUUUUCCAGGACCUGGGAGCACUUUACCUAACACAGGAGCAGGCAGGUAAAUCGAGAACUAUGGCACAGCAGAAGCACGAUUCCAGGACGGAUGGCCCCUUUCUGGACUAUGGCGACAGCUCUGAAUACAGAGGGGAGCCCCGGCCACUCCUGGCAGAGCCAGAUAGAGCACUAGAGAGGCUGGCGGCAGUGCUUGCCAGCUAUGGCAUCAGGCCCCAGGAUCUCACUCCCCAGCAUCUCAGCUCCCUUGCAGGUCUUCUCCGGCUCCUCCGGAGUCCAGCUGGUAGGCUUGGACCAGAGACUCCAGAAUCUAAGCGGGUGACAGAAGCUGAAAUGCAACAUGGGGAGGAGCUGGAGCCACCCCCCUCUCAAGAGAGCUAUGUCAGUGCUGUGCCCACAGAGGGGCAGGUGCAGGCACAGAGGGAGACGCUUAGCCCAACUAAGGCCAAAAUAACCAUGACGACAGCUUCCCCAGAACAACCUGAGCCCCUCCAUGCUGGUGAGGGGGAAGCAGCUGGCCUCAAGAGGCAGGUGGUAGUGAUGAAGAAGAGCCACACAUCAGUAGGGGGACCUGGCAAGGAUGAGGACCGGCCAGAGACAGCGCUGGCUGCUGAGGAAUACGGCUACAUUGUCACUGACCAAAAGCCACUGGGUCUUGCUGCUGGCAUCCGGCUCCUGGAGAUCCUGGCUGAGCAUGUUCACUUGUCCACUGCCAGUUUCAUCAACAUCAGUGUUGUGGGCCCAGCUCUCACCUUCCGCAUCCGUCAAAACCACCAAAACCUGUCUCUGGGUGAUGUGGCCAACAGGGCUGCACUGGUGAAGCCACAGCUGGAGACGGAGGUGGGAGUGAAGAUCCUACAGACAGGUGUUGGGCAGCGCAACGAGGCUGCGACCUACCCCCACCCCACACACUUUGGCGACACCUUCCGCUCGGUGCUGCUCACCUUUGUCUUGCUGGCCUGCGUGGCUGGCAUUGUGAUAGCUGCCGCGGUGGUCUUCUGUCUGCGCCAGCAUGCCAAGCAGCGAGAGAAGGAGCGGCUGGCAGGGCUGGGGCCUGAAGGAGCGGCUGACAGCACCUUUGAAUACCAGGAGUUGUGUCGGCAGCACAUGGCUGCCAAAUCACUGUUUGGCCGUGCCGAAGCUCCCUCGCCCUCUGCUCCGGCGGAGAAUUCCCGCGUCAGCAGUGUCUCCUCACAGUUCAGUGAUGCGCCCCAGGCCAGCCCCAGCUCCCAUAGCAGCACACCAUCCUGGUGCGAGGAGCCUGUGCAAUCCAACAUGGACAUCUCUACUGGGCACAUGAUUCUGGCAUACAUGGAGGACCACCUGCGCAACCGUGACCGGUUAGCCAAGGAGUGGCAGGCGCUGUGUGCAUACCAGGCUGAGCCUAAUGCCUGUGAGGCUGCGCAACGUGAAGCAAACAUCAAGAAAAACCGCAACCCUGAUUAUGUGCCCUACGAUCAUGCCCGCAUCAAGCUGAAGGCAGAGAGCAAUCCUUCCCGCAGUGACUUCAUCAAUGCCAGCCCUAUUAUUGACCAUGAUCCACGGAUGCCAGCAUACAUUGCCACACAGGGGCCACCGUCACACACCAUCGCUGACUUCUGGCAGAUGGUGUGGGAGAACGGCUGCACCGUCAUUGUCAUGCUGAGCCCUCUAGUGGAGGACGGCGUCAAGCAGUGUGACCGCUACUGGCCUGAUGAGGGCUCCUCCCUGUACCACAUCUAUGAGGUGAACCUGGUCUCUGAACACAUCUGGUGUGAGGAUUUCCUGGUUCGCAGCUUCUACCUGAAGAACGUCCAGUCUCAGGAGACACGAACUCUGACACAGUUUCACUUCCUGAGCUGGCCUGCAGAGGGCAUCCCCACCACCACCCGGCCUCUCCUCGACUUCCGCAGGAAGGUGAACAAGUGCUACCGCGGCCGCUCAUGCCCAAUCGUCAUCCACUGCAGUGAUGGCGCAGGAAGGACCGGGACGUAUAUCCUUAUCGACAUGGUUCUGAACCGAAUGGCCAAAGGUGUGAAGGAGAUCGACAUCGCAGCCACCCUGGAGCACGUGCGAGAUCAGCGGCCUGGCAUGGUGCGGACAAAGGACCAGUUUGAGUUUGCACUGACAGCCGUGGCGGAGGAGGUGAAUGCCAUCCUGAAGGCCCUGCCACAGUGAUGCCCCACUCGGCGUACCCCAGCUUUGUGACUCCCCCCAACUCGACCCCUUUUGCCUCUGCUGUGCCGUGUCCUUGCCUGGGAUGUUCUUCCUUCAUAAAGUCUAUUUCCAUGUUA